UGCCGUCGAUCAUGAGUGGACAUACGAGUUACUUGUGAGACCGCCCUCCUUGUGCAUAAAAACGUAACUAAUGCUCGUCAACACAAUAUAAUUGGGUAAACUGCCGUGUCUUAGACAUUUCGCUGGGGUUAUUUUAAGUAAAGUAUCAGUUUCGUCAAAUUUUGUGUUGCUGUUUUUCAAUAAUGUGAGUUUAGCAAUGUAAUAUGGGACAAAGGUCGGAGCCAACUUAAACACAGCAUGUAAACAGCCACUAGGAAUAUCAGGAGCGGUACGUGGACCUUGAAAGUAGAUCGUUUUUUCCAUCUUAUUUAGUCCCCAAAACCAGGGAGGGAACAUUGUUUUCUCGCUGGCCGACGACCUUCGACCCUCCUGUCAACGCGCGGCAUGUUCCCUUUAGAUUCGCCAUGGAACCUCUCGUUCGCAGGUUGCGGCUUCCUUGGCAUCUACCAUGUUGGUGUCGCCAGCUGUCUGCUGGAGCAGGCUCCUUUCCUGGUGCACAACGCCAAGCACAUCUAUGGGGCUUCGGCCGGAGCCCUCACCGCCACUGCUUUGGUGUCUGGCGUGUGUCUAGGAGAAGCUGGCGCUAGUAUCAUUGAGGUUGCCAAGGAAGCAAGAAAGCGCUUCCUUGGCCCGAUGCACCCUUCCUUUAACAUGGUGAAGAUCGUACGGUUCAUGUUACGGCGCACUCUGCCUGUGGACUCUCACCAUCUUGCCAACGGGAGGCUGGGAAUCUCUUUGACCAGAGUAACAGAUGGAGAAAAUGUCCUAGUGUCUCACUUCAACAGCAAUGAGGAGAUUGUGCAGGCAUGUGUUUGCAGUGCCUACAUUCCAGUGUAUUGUGGCCUUAUUCCUCCCGCACUGCAAGGGGUGCGGUAUGUUGACGGAGGAAUCUCUGACAACUUGCCUCACUAUGAGCUGAAAAACACCAUCACAGUGUCCCCGUUCUCUGGAGAGAGUGACAUCUGCCCGCGAGACACCUCCACCAACAUACACGAGCUCCGCUUCACCAACACCAGCAUCCAGUUCACUCUCACCAACCUUUACAGAAUUUCCCGAGCACUUUUCCCACCAGAUCCAAUGGUUAUGAAAGCCAUGUGUAAACAAGGAUAUAAUGACGCACUACACUUCCUAAAGAAGAAUGGAUUGCUCAAUUUCAAUGGCCCCCACAUAGACCGAGCCCUGCACGCCAACAGGGAAGAGCAUGAGGAUCAAGUUCAGUGUGCUCAUGUUGAUGCCAGAAGUGUUGGAUUGGAGAAAAAGUCAGUGACUGUUCAUCCCUCAAUAGAAGAGCAGAUCAUUGUUCAUCUUCCACCCACUCUGCACAAAGCCCUGAUUGAGGCCUGCACAGAGAGAAGAAGUCUGGUGCAGUCGCUAAGCAACCUGCUUCCUGUCAGGAUGGCAUCUGCUAUGAUGCUCCCCUACACUCUCCCUCUGGAGUCUGCUUUGUCCAUGACUCUCAGGCUUUUGGAGUGGUUGCCAGAUGUGCAGGAAGAUGUCAGCUGGAUUCGAGAGCAGUUACUGAAAGUUCUUCAUCAUGUUCUGCGUCAGGCCUCCAAAAGCAUUACCCAGCGUGUUUAUGCUCGAUUUUCCUGUCAACUGGAGCUGCACCACUACCAAUCCCUCCCUUCCCAGUUCCGUUCCACCAGCCUGUUUGCAACCUGGAUGGGUAGCGGCAGUCUUUCAGUCCAGGACAUCUUCACGCGUCUAGACCAGUACAAGAGACAGCUGCUCUCCGGUGCAUUUUGCAUCAACAUGGAUCUAGAAGGAUCUUUCAAAGCUGGGCCCAUGUUAACAGAUGACGCCUCUGCUCUGUUUCUCCCUGCAGAAAGCUUACCAUUGCACAAAGGUGGUCUUAACCUUCCGCCUGCUGCUGACGCCAAAGACGCUAUGCAGCACUGCGAUUCAGACUUACCUCUUUUAAAUGCAGAAACAGAUGAAACAACUUACUAUCAGUUUUAAAUAUGUGUUUAAAAGCUGACAGCGGUAGUAUUUUCCUCACUGAGGCCUUUUUAAUAAGAUAAUUGUAAAUGGUAAUAAUUUACCAUUGCAAAUGCAUACAUUUCAAAUAAGCCCUCAGCAGCUCAAAAAAGCCAAUAGAUGCAGCACAUCAGAAAGUUUGAGGCAGGUGUGUGCAUGUGCAAACCUGAAUAGUAAUGCUCAGUAAACAAACAUGUACUCUUUAUUUAGCAUGGCUGAAGGAGGUGAGUGUUUAUGUUUUUGUGGAAUGUGGUUAGACUUGUACUUUGACUUGUACUUGAUUGGAGUUUGGCCUUGUGUAUGAAAAUAUACAGUAUAGUACUGGGACAAGUGAAUGAUACUAACAGUUGUAGUACAUGUGCAUUGGUUAGAGAAGAGAAACACUUUAAAGGAAUUUUUAGGAAGGAAACGCUGAGCCAACCACUCAGCCUAUUGCAGAUAGUUACUCCAUACAUUUCAAACAAGUGCCAAUGACAUAUUAUGAACUUAAUACACUGUCUUUUGUCUCAGGUAUGCAUGUAAUGUGUGUGGAUGUCUUUGUGGUUAUUUAUAUACAGUACAUGCAUUGUGUGUGUACUAUGUGUAUGUGUGUGUGUGUAUAUAUAUAUAUACUGUAUAUAUAUAUAUACUGUAUAUACACUAAUCAUGUUUUCCCCUCAUCAUAUUCAUGUAGUUACAGCUUUUAAAAAUAUGGUUUGAUCUGUCUGAUUUUUAAAGCAAUAAGAACUUGUUUAACCAAAGAAUCAGUGUGUCUAUAAUGCAGUGGACUGAAUCACUGAUAUUUACAAGAGUUAAUCUACAUCUAUUGUCUUGGCCUUUUACUUUGCGUUAUUAGAAACUGCAACUGUGUGACUGAGCCUAAAGUGCCUUCAACUCAAUGUUAUAAUUGUCAAAUGCAUUUAAUGUGUAAUGAAACGGAUACAGGGAAUAUCAUUGUUUUGUGACCAACAAAUAAACUGAUGUUUAAUACAAGUAGCUGUUAUAAUGGCAUUCAACAUUAUCCAGAUAAGAUGUAAAAUAUCAUGCAAAUGUUCACAAAAACAGCUAUUACCAUGUUUUUUUGGAAGUGAUUCCUGGAAUUUGAUAAAUAUUUACUGUUGAUUAAUAUUUUAUAACCGUUAAGCACCAAAACAAUGAAACUAUUGGUGGACGUCUGUGCCCACGGCAACAUAGUGUUGAUACCCUUCACAAACAUUCAUGAAAAGUACUGUUUUUUUAUUUUUAUUACUGCUAUUCCAAGGAUUCAGAAUUGCACUACUAUUUGUUUGGGUCUAUUUGUGUAGUUUUAAUUGUAUGCAAGUAUAUACUGUACAUGUAGCAUGUAGUAUUAGAAUCAAGAUUCAAGAGUUUUAUUGUCAUGCAUAGUAAAACAGGCAGUUAUACUAUGCAAUGAAAUUCUUAUUCUGUUCAUUCUCCCAAGAAAAGAAAAAAAACAAGAAAAACAAUAAGAACAUAAACAUAUAUACCAAUAAAUUAAGCAACAACAAUAGAAGAGACAUUAAUACAAAUAAAUAAAGUGCUAUGAGUGUGUGCGUGUGCUGCUUAUGUAGUAGGGGUGUCACGAGACACCCAAUUCGCGUGUCGAGACGAUGCACGAGCUUUGGUCCGCUGAUUUUAACAUGAAUUAACAUCCUUAGUUGCAGGGGGCUUUAUGCAGCUUUAGGUGAUACUUA